AAUGGAUGAAAUAGAUAUCAAUUAGUUAUUAAUUAGUUGUUCAAUGUUAUCAAUUUUUUAUUGAUAAUUUAACAUUGAUUGAUUCACUUAUGAUCUCAAUCAUGAGAACGACAACAACACACUAACUAUCUUUAUAACGAAAAGUCCUAUUUUUGAUAUUUGGUCAAUAAAGAAGGAAUGAAUUGAGUGAAUAGAUUGCUUUUCAGUUAGUACUUUUUUUUCAUUAUUGCUCUAUAUAUGAUUUACAAUGAUGAAAUAAUACUUAUCAAAUGGAUACGUUACGUAAUAAUGAUAUAUUGAUUAGAAAUUAAUAUUGAAUAAUUGAAAGAAAGAGGAUUAAUCAUAAUCAAAGUAAUUAUUCGAUAAUCAAUAAGUUGCUAUGUUGCAUACUUUUAUCAUCUUUUCAUUGAUAGUUAUUAUUCAUUUGAAUUAAAGUAUCUACACAUAACAUUUAAUCUCCUAUGAUCAUAUAUAGUAGUAGUACAGAUUAGAAUAUUGGUAAAGAAGACUCUGAAUGACUUCACUGAAUAGUGUUCCAUUGUUGAUAUAUUAAAGUCUAUCUAUUCUUAGUUAUUUCUACAAAUAGACGAGUAAUUAAUAAUGAAUAAAAGUCAUGAAUUCACUCAUCUUAUUCAUACAACUAUUAAUGCUAAUAAUUAUCAAUUACAAUCAACUAAUUUAACUGUAUUAUGUUUAUGUAUUACAUUAAUUAUAUUAACAUGGUUAACUAAUUGUAUUCUACUUGGUGGUAUAUUACAAACAAAAGGAAAUGGUAAAAAUGUAUCUAUAAUUUAUUUUUUUAUUGGAUCACAAGCAAUAGCUGCUUUAUUACAUGUAACAUUAAAUUUACCACCAUCAAUUGUGAAUAUAUUAUUUGGUACAUCACAAGUUCAUAUUUUCUGUUUAUAUUCAAUCUAUUUAGAUACUUUAUUUUGUAAUUUAACAUUUUUACAAACAUUCUUUUCAAGUUUAGAUACAUAUUUACGAUUAAAGAAUCCAAUAUUUUAUUUAUCCUCAUCAUAUAGAAGACCAGCAUUAUGGUUAAAAAUAGGUUCACCAUGGUUUAUGGCUUGUAUACAAUCCAUUGGUCAAAUAGCAUUAAGUGAUCGUCGUCAUGUUAAAUUAUACACUGGUACAAUCGAAACAUCAUCAUCAUCAUCAUCAUCAUCCUCAUCAUCAUCAGUUACAUCCUAUCAUGUCAAUUCAUAUCAACAUUAUUCUAUGUUGAAUAAAGAUCCUAUAAAUGAUAAACAAACGAAUUCUGAAUGGAAUACAGUCUGUCUAUUAUUAGAUCCAAAUUUUUUAAUAAUACGUACUGUAAUUGCAUAUGCUUUACCAUUAAUCACAUGUUUAAUAUUGAUUGUAUUACAAUUAUACGGUUUACAUAGAUUACGUAAUCAUUCACCAGAAAUGUUGAAUGCUUUAUUAAAUGUACGUUAUCCUAGAAACAAUAAUAGUACAAGUAAUAAUAAUACUAGAGAAUACAAUGAAGGAAUGUGUUCACAAGAUUCAGUCAUUCCAAAACACGAAGCAAAUCAUUUCAAAAGACAAAAUACUCAAUUCGUUUGGAGAGAAAAGGAUACUGGAUUAUUGAAUAACAUUCAUUCAAUCUUUGAUGGAACAAUGUCGAAUAGAAUAUUGUUACAAAAUCCUCAAUAUAGACAAUUAUCAAUGAUGACAAAUUCUUAUCAGUUAAAUUCAGCUUAUACAAAUGAAACAUUAUUCCUUAGUAACAAUGGAUCGAUUGAUCGAAUACAGUUAAAUCAAUCAUCCAUAUCACCAACUCGUUUAUCAACUAGUUAUUUACCUAUGAGUCAUUUAAGUGAUUUACAAACAACAGUCUCAACGUCAAUUUCAAUGUUUGAAUGUCCUACACAUGGUCGAAUUACAAUGACCAAUUCUAUAAGCCGUAUAUCUAAUAUUGAUAUCUCGAAGAAUGGUGAUCAAACUGUACCAAAUCAAAUUUCUAGUCUGAUAAAUAAUUCUAAGACAGAAAUGGAGAGAAAUUCUGAAAAACAUUCAUAUUCCACUUCAGUAACUACUAAUAGUAAUACAAUAACAAUGAAUUCUAUGUCAGAUAAUAAUCAUAAUAUUAAUAGUUUGUUUACAGGUAAAUUAGGUUCGAAUACUUCCAGUGAAGAACCAAUUACUUCAAAUGCUUUUUUAUUUAAUUUGGAUGGUGAACAAGUUAAGUUAUUGUCGUUUAAUCAUUCAUAUGAACCGUUGAAUUCAACUGGAUUAGAUCAGCAUCAUUAUUAUUUAUCAUCAAUGAUGUUACCAACAUCAUUCCCUGAGUGUACUUCUUCUUCUCCAUCCUGUCAACAUCAACUAUUACAUCAUCAGCAUACUUCUCCAAUGACUUCACAAGUAGAUUUUAAACUAACACAUGGAAUGCAUAAAUCAAAAUCUGAUUAUCAAAUUAAAUGUCGAAAUGAAAUGACUUCAACAAACGAUCGUCUCAUGAGAUCACAUAGUUUAAAACCAAGUUAUCAACAACAAGCACCAUUUCAUCAAAGUCAAAUAUUAUCUAAUGAGAAGAAUGAAAACGAUAUGUUCAAGACAAAUUUAUGGUUGACUGCAUAUCAAGGUGAACAAUUAGUGGUAGCAAUUAAUUUAGUUAGUUGUAUUAUUGCAGUUGGUACAUGGUCACCAUAUAUAUUAGUGACAUUAGCAUAUGGUUUAUGUCAACCAAUGAAUAUACCGAAAUCUCUAUAUCAUCAAAUGAUGAAUUCUUAUGGGACUUCAUCAAUCUCUACAAAUUAUCCUUUAUCUUCUAUUCAAUCCAUUUCAUCUAUUAUGAAUGAUGAUCUUAAUUUAUCAGAUUAUUCAAUGAAUAAAUGUUGGAUUCAUUUAAGUGUUGAUCGUAUAGCAGAUUUUCGUUGGUGGGCUUAUGCAUGCUCUGGACUAUUAUUACCAUGUUUAUUAUUCUUUCUUGAUUUAGGUUUACGUGAAGGUUGUUGGAAAGCGUUACAAUUAAAGACUCAAUCAAAUCAGAAUAUUGAUUCAACGAAAUCACUUUCAAAUAGUAUGAAUAAACAGUUAAUCAUUGAUAAUGAAUUGAAAUCUGUCAAAGUUUCUAAUCAUUCAGACAAUCAUAGUAACAGAUUAUGUGAUCAUUCAUCAACAAGUCAUAAUAUCAACACUGACUGUAGUAUAAACACUGAGUCAAUCAGUAAACUUUACAAACUUCAACAAUUUGAAAUGAUCUCAACUAUUCCAUGUACACAGACCAAUGCAUAAAUGUGAAGUAAAUAUUUCUGUGAAUGUAAUGAUCAUUAGACAUAAGUAGUUGAUGGGAGAAAGCGAAAGCAAAUCAUUAGAAUCCAUAAUAUAAUGCUACCUUUCUUACUUGCUUUCAGUCUUCAUCGUGUUGUAUCAUCACAUGAAUAGAUUAUGAAUAAAAUCUUAUUAAAGAGAUCGAAUGCAGAGCUUUACAUUCGACUUUUUAGUAUCUAGACAAUAGAACUAUUGUGCUACGACACCAGCUACAUAACAAACUGCUUACUGUCAAGUCAUUACAAAUUCCGAUGAAAUUGUUAACAUAAAUUACCGUUUGGUUAAACAGUAAUCCUUUCGAGAGAGAAAAUGUCCUUCACUUCGAUUGAAAAAAAACAAAAACCAUUUAGAUGUAAUUUGUUAUGUAACAUUCCAAUGUAAUAUGCCUUCAGUCUUUUAGGUUGUAUAGUUGCAUUUCGAUGUUGUUAACAGUUUCCAUUUAGACUUCGUUGUAAAUAAUAUUUUGAUAAUAAGUAAAUAAUAAGUAGUUUGCAACAAUAUUCGUAAAAUGAUAUUUGAAAAUAUU